GAGCUGCCAGCGGGGUGGCUACCGCCGCGGGUUGUUACAGCUGCUUUAGCUGCAGCGGCCCCCGCCCCCGGGCACCUCUCCCGGGCCCUCGAGGGCCCUAGACUUCUGACACCGCACGAGCAGCGGCAGGAGAGGGGCAGCAGGAUGAACGUGGGCACGGCUCACAGCGAGGUGAACCCGAACACACGGGUGAUGAACAGCCGCGGCAUCUGGCUCUCCUACGUGCUGGCCAUCGGGCUUCUCCACGUCGUGCUGCUCAGCAUCCCCUUCGUGAGCGUCCCUGUCGUCUGGACCCUCACCAACCUCAUCCACAACAUGGGUAUGUACAUCUUCCUGCACACGGUGAAGGGGACACCCUUCGAGACCCCGGACCAGGGCAAGGCAAGGUUGCUAACCCACUGGGAGCAGAUGGACUACGGGGUUCAGUUCACAGCAUCUCGGAAGUUCUUGACCAUCACGCCCAUCGUGCUAUACUUUCUCACCAGCUUCUAUACCAAGUAUGACCAGAUCCAUUUCAUCCUCAACACUGUGUCUUUGAUGAGCGUGCUCAUCCCCAAGCUACCCCAGCUCCAUGGAGUCCGGAUUUUUGGAAUCAAUAAGUACUGAGGGUACGGCCCCUUUCCCUGCCCAGGUGGCAGGAGAGGCAUAGAAGUCUGUGCUGUGUUGCUGAAGACAGAGGAGCCUCCGGAAGCUGCCAGAGAUGGGGGUUGAGCCUCUGGGCCCUAGUUUCCCCCUCACUUCCCCCAGUAGCCGACUUGAAGUAGCUUGUAGUAGGGUUGGGGUAGGACCCCCUGCCCUGGCCCCUUCUGCCCUGGGCUCUGACCCUUCUGAUUUUUUUUGAUCUUUUUUCUUUUACCUUUUGGAUAGAGAUUCCAUGGGGGUGGUCAUGGAUGGGCUGGGCUCCCAGGCUGAACACAGACCUGUGAGGUUGGGACAAGAGGCCAGGGAAACCCCCUGCUCACUCGCUUGUCCUCAGACCACUAAAGCACUUUAGCCCCUGUGAGGGGAUGGUACAGCUUCUCUGUUGCUUCACUUUAGUCAUGAACUGUUAGCGUGAUCCUCAGUGUGUGCUGGUACGUGUGAAGGCCGGCGCAUGGCGGCGCCUCGUCCCCCCGAAUGGAGAACCAUGUAAUCAAAGCCUCAUGCUUUUGGCAGCUCCCCUACGACCCACCCUGGGGAGUGGGUCGUAGCAGGGAGGGUAAGCAGAGGGGUGGUGGGGCUGCGUGUGGGUGGCCAGGUCCCAGAGGUGAGGGGACCAGGGCUGCUGCCAUCUUCCUCUGGUGGAGGUGGGAAGGGGGUGGGAGAAGGGGUGUGGAUGGUGAGUUGAGACUCAGAAAAAGGGAGUCACAGAGCAGCAGAGUUGGUGAGAGGGAGGGAGGGGACGGAAGCUAGACGCAGCCUCAUCCUUUGGGAAGUAGUCAAGGAGGGGUCAGCCUUGGAGAGCUGAUUUACCCACAGCAUGUGGCGCUGAGGGGGAGGGAGGCUGCUGUGGGUUCGAAGCUCCUGGGUUGGUGUGAGGGUGGAGAUGGGUGUAAGGGGCCUGUUAGUCAUUACACCCCAGUCCAGCUUGGCGCUGCCGUUUGCAGGCGUGAGGGGUGGGGGAAGCCGGGACAGGAACGGUGAAUGGGGGCGCCCUUCUGCAGCCCUUCCCCUUGCAGCCCCCUGGUGUAGGCGGGCGCUGGGGCAGGGCCUCUCAGGGAGCGUGCACAUGGGGGGCUGUGGAGGUCACCCCCAACGGGCCGGUGGGCUGCAGAGUCCUGCACAGUCCCUGCUGGUGCAGGGCAGUGGAUGGAGCAAGGGGGGGUGGCCUGCAGGCACUGUCUCCUCGCCCUGAGGGGAAGCAGUGGGGCAGGAGCCUGAGCUCCGCUGGAGAGGAGCCGCCUUCUCCCGCCCCGAUCUGACGAGGGUCUGUUUUACUUCAGAAAAGGCGAGUGCGCAUGCCCGUGCCCCCUCCCAGGGCCCUGAGGGAUGAGGGGAGGUCACUGGCUCUGUUUUCUGCCUCUUGGUCCCCCCACCCCCACCCCAUGUAUCAUAGGGAACUUUCACCUCAAAAUCUUUCUAAGCAACGUGUGAAUAGGAUUUUUACUCCCUUUGUACAGUAUUCUGAGAAACACAAAUAAAGGACAGUGUGUUCCUCUUUC